CGGGGUUAAUUUAUCUCUGUGUGGCUUCCUUCCUCCCUUUCUUUUUUUUAUGUGUUUUUAACGUACUGAUCCACUUAAACGGACCGAGCCAGCCAGCUGAGAUGAACCCGGUGAAUGCCACCGCUCUCUACGUGUCGGCGAGCCGCUCGGUGCUGCAGUGCGACCCCGGAGAUCCCCGGGAACUGGCGGAGCUCUGCAAGGUGUUGCCGUUUUUCCGCCAGUCCCUGUCCUGCCUGGUCUGUGGUAACCUGCUGCAGGACCCCAUCGCUCCCACCAACUCGUCCUGCCAGCACUACGUCUGUCGCGGCUGCAAAGGUCAGCGGAUGCAGCUGAAGCCGUCCUGCAGCUGGUGCAAGGACUACGCCUGCUUCGAGGAGAACCGCCAGCUCUCGCUGCUCGUCCGCUGCUACAGGAAGCUCUGCCUCUACAUCACGCAGUCGCCGCUGGCGCCGCACCUUUCCAGCGCCGCCGGUGACUCGCCGGACCUGCAGGCCAUCCUGGAGGAGGGGCUGGCGCUGGCCGAGAGCGAGCCGGAGUCGAAGGUCGUCUCCGGGUCGCCGUCGUCACCGCCGCCUAGGACUGCGCCAGACGAGGCUCCGCCCCCGACAGUGGUCAAAGACGAGGAGCGGGGCGCCACGGUGAACGGGCUCCACGACUGCAACGGCCUGGUGGGCUCGGACUCGCUGCAGCCCGUCGCCGUGGAAACGGGCGUGGCCAAGCAGGAGGGUUUCUCGGAGGAGCUGCCGGUGUGUGUGAGCGUGGCGGCCGGCGGGGGGGUGGAGCUCUGCGACAUCAGCCAUUUUGGGGAGGAGCUGAAGCACGGCGGGGGGUCUCUGCUGCUCAGCGUGGAGGAAGUGCUCAGGACUCUGGAGACGGACCCUGCCGAGCCCGACUACCCCGCCCUGAAUGGGCCGCACCGCCUCGACCCCGCCUGCCUCGUCCUGGACAGUGGUCCCCGCCUGCCCCACCCCCACCUGUUGCCCCAGCCCUCCGCCGUCGCCCCCCAUGUCCCGCCGCGCUGCCACCGCAAGCGCUCCCGCUCGGAAAGCGACAGCGAGAAGGUGCUGCCCCUCAACAUCACCAGCCUCCUGCGGGGGCCCGCACUCCCCGUCCCGCAGCACCACGCCGCCACCGCCAAACACGAGCCCAGGUUUCCCACGGCCGUGCCCCACCCCCACCUGGCACCGGUCCCCAACGGCGGCCCCCCAAGGGUCGGCAAGACGGUUCUGGUCCCCAACAAGGCCCUGAAGAAGACCAUGGAGCACCACGGGCCCAACAAGAAGCCCUACACCAAGGCCCGGCAGGGGGCCCCCAAACCGCGCUCCCAGCCCCGCGACAGGGCGCCACCCCACCCACACCCCCUCUCUCACCCGCCGAGCCCCUCCAAGCCGCUCUACAAAAAAGCCGUGGAGAAGAAAGGCUGCAAGUGCGGCAGAGCAACUCAGAAUCCAUCAGUGUUGACCUGCAGGGGGCAGCGCUGUCCCUGCUACUCCAACCGCAAGGCGUGUCUGGACUGCAUCUGCCGCGGCUGCCAGAACUCCUACAUGGCCAACGGCGAGAAGAAGCUGGAGGCCUUCGCCGUUCCGGAGAAGGCUCUGGAGCAGACCCGCCUCACGCUGGGCAUCAACCUCACCAGCAUCACGGCGGCCGCCCUGCGGAGCCCCGCCGCCGGCUCCCCGGGCGGCGCCCUCCUCAACGUCACCACGGCGACCGGCGCGCCCGUCUCCGCCGCCUUCCUGUCGGGCGCCGGCCACGACAACCGGGCCUUCGAGGAGUCGCUGGAGAUGCGGUUUGACUGUUGAGGGCGCGGCACUUCUUCCUACAUUCCCGGGUCGACCUGCAGCGGAGCCAGAACCAGAACCAGAACCAGAACCAGGCAGCUACACGGCGGGGCGGUGCAUGUGGAGGAACACUGCAAAAAAAUAAAAUUUUACCAAGUAUUUCUGGUCUCGUUUCUGCUGCAAAUAUGUUAGCGCACUUAAAGUAAGAAAACCAACUUUAAGGUAACUUUUCUGCAACAUAAAGGAGAUAAAGUUAAUAAAAUAAUUCAUUAAUUUAAAACUUGUACUUUCUAAUAAGCA